AUGAGCGGCGCGGCACUAUGCGCGAACAGCUGCGGCUUCUUCGGCAGUCCAACGACCGACAACCUCUGCUCCAUGUGCUACAAGCGGCAGCAGAAGCUCGAAGCCAUGGCCUUCGAUGAAACCGUCAUGUCCGGGCUCGCGCCGCUGAAGCUGACAACAGACACCGGAGGCCAGGAGCAGACGCGCGAGGAAACGAGCCUGUGCCCCAACGCCUGUGGCUUUUUCGGCAGCACGGCGACCGGCAACCUCUGCUCCAAGUGCUAUAGCAGCUGCAAGCAGCGCCGCGAUGCGGUGGCCUUCGAUGAAGCUGUCAUGUCCGGCCUCGCGCCGCUCAAGUUGAGGAAGGCGCAGCUUUAUACCGGAGGUGAGGAGGAGACGACGCCCGAGGAAACCAAGAACCGGUGCGUGGAGUGCCGGAAGAAGCUGGGGCUGCUAGGCUUCACGUGCCGCUGCGGUGGCACAUACUGCGGCAGGCACCGCCAUGACGGCGGCCACGAGUGCUGGUUCGACUACAAAGCGGCCGGCCGGAAGCAAAUCGCGUCCCAGAACCCGCUUGUCGUGGCGCCCAAGGUCACGAGGAUUUGA